AUGGCAUUCGGUGUGAAGCCUUUAUCGACAACUGAAUUUGCUCACAGUGCAGAAUUAUAUGAAUAUAUUGAAAGCUUAAAAAGCGACCCCAAUGGGAAUGUCGAAGAGCAUUUUAUUUUAUUGCAUGUACUUGAGAUAUAUCUCUCAAAUAUUUAUCCUAAUGAUGCUUCCGAUCAGGAUGUCAUCAAGCUGUGGAUGAUGAAUUGGAUGGAUAAAUUGUGUUCAUUGGAAAAUCCUUAUUAUCUUUGUAAUAAAAUGGCUCAGCUCUUUGCGCUCGUGUUUGCCGCGGAUUUCCCAACGCGUUGGCCAGAUUUCAUACAUGAGAUUUUUCUGCAAAAGCUUAAUUGUGCAGCUUCUGUUGAGUUCUUCUUGCGAACGCUAAUCGCGCUUGAUGCUGAAGUUGUCGAUCAAGAUAUAAAUCGAACAAAGCUGAUGCUUGAUAGAAAUGCACAAAUAAAAGAUGCUAUGCGUGAAUAUUGUAUUAAUGACAUUGCCGGGACAUGGAUCAACUUUUUAAAUGUCAGCAGUGGUGUAAAAAUACGCGAAUUAUGUCUAGAAGUAAUAACUUGUUACGUUGAUUGGAUUGAUAUUCAUCUUGUGGUGAAUGAUGCAACAAUUCCUCUCAUAAUUGCGUGUGCUCAGUCAGAGGAAACAAGUGAGGCUGCAACUCAUGCUUUAUGUGCUAUCAUCGAAAAAGGAAUGAGUACUGAAGAAAAAUUCAAAUUGGUCAAAGCAUUUCUAAUUUUAUUCCAAGAAAAAAAAUUAUUCUCGACAAAUGCGGAUAAUGUGGAUUUAAUAAUUCAUACUGGAUUACUUGUUAAUACAAUUGCGCUUUCCCUGAUCGAUUGUUAUUAUGACUUUUUAAAUUUGCAACAGUUUGAUCGAGUUCAAGAAUGUCUUCAUGCGGUAAAUAGUCUUCUACAACCCAUGCUUUUUUGUUUUUCGUCAGAGAACAUGGAAGUCUCUCAGACUAUCUUGGAUUUUUUGCGUCGAUACAUCGGGCUAUUUAAGAAUAAUGUGGUUAAUCCAGAAUUUAUUUCAUUUCUCAGACAAGUUGCGAUCAUUACUCUAAACAAAUUCGAAGCGCCUGACAACUUUAAUUUUGAAAAUGAUGGCGAAGAAGAACUUGAUUUUUUUGAAUAUCGAAAGCAGUUGAAAUCACUGCUUACCACUAUUGGAGCUUUCGCACCUGAUGAAGUUUUACGAAUACUCGAAGAAAACGUUAAAAUUUUUUGUGACAACUGGCAACAAAUGAAAAUUUCGCAAAUCGAAACAAUUUUGAGGCUUACCAGUAUUCUUUCAGAAAUAUUUUGUAACAAUUUUGCAAAUUGUGUGACUGAUGCUGCUAUCAGAGCUAAAAAUCUCAUUCUUCAAGUUCUUUCCAGCAAUGUCACAUGUUGCGGUAUCUCAUUCAUAAAUGAAUUAUUUUUUGAUAUAUCCAGUCGUUAUGAAAAAUUAUUAAUUUCUGAUCCAAAACCUCUGAAUUCUAUUCUGGAAGCGUUUCUUGACAAUAGAGGUCUUCGUCAUCCAUCUUCACGUUUGCGUACUCGUUGCGCUUAUUUGUUCUGUCGUUUUGUGAAAACUCACAAGAAAGCGCUUGGAGAUCGAAGUCAAAUUGUGCUUUCUUCUUUGACUGAUUUUUUGGGCUUUUCUUCGACAAGUGGUUUCUUGACAUAUGAUGACCAGAAAUGUAUCUAUGAGGCUAUAUCGGCUUUAAUUAUUCAUGGUUCUCUGAAUAAUGGUAUGAAAAAACAGUAUAUUACUGAGCUUUUAAACUCUUUAUUAAAGAAAUUUUUGGAUGGUAUGGAUCGACUAGAAAAGUGCGAAAAUACUGAAGAAAGACAAUUAAUAUAUCAAUUUUUAUGCAAUGUUGUAGGCUAUAGCGCAAGAGUUGCUAAGCCUUUUUCAUCAGAAUAUAUUAAAAAUUGUGAUUGCGCAGAAAUAUUCUCGCGACUUAUAUCAGUAUAUCAAUGUGUGUUUACUCUGUCUAUUGAUAAAGUUCUUUUUCCGAUUAUCGUAAAUUUGUGCAAGAAUGUGCAAAUCAGUCCAGAGCAUAGCAUCACAGACCUUGAAUACCUUGAUGAUGUAGUCCUUUUUGCUGAUAGUUAUAAUGAAUUGUAA